AUGCAGGGAGCCUAUAACCCUGGCGCACAGCCGCAGGGAGCCUAUAACCCUGGCGCACAGCCGCAGGGAGCCUAUAAUCCUGGCGCACAGCCGCAGGGAGCCUAUAAUCCUGGCGCACAGCCGCAGGGAGCCUACAACUUCAACGGACAACCGCAGGGUGGUUUCUUUAACCCUAGCGCACUGGCAGGAGGAAGAGCAGUUGGCAACAACCCUAACACCUUCAAUGCUCCCGGAGCUGCUGGAUAUCUACCGAGUCAAACCAACCAGGUGCCGGCCUACCCACAGCAACCAAGCCCGCAGGCGCCGCUUGCCGGCACCGUGCAGGCAGCGGAAUUCCUCAGCGACAUCAACACCGACUGCGAUUUCGACAGUAGGCAGAUGAAGGUUACGAUUAAAAUGACGAAUGGCUUCACUGGGCAAGUCUUCACGAGUGGCUACUUCGGCCAGCCAAACUGCACCAGCACCGGCUACGGAUCAAACUUCAUGCUACUGACUGUACCCAUGGACGGCUGCGGAACCGUUGAGCGACCCGUCAGCGGCGAGACGUACAAUAGAAACCCUGGUUACACAUACGGCAACACGCUCAUCUUCAUGACGCUACCGUACGGCAUUCUGGGCACCCAGGACCGCGCCUACACCGUCCAGUGCCAGGUGAAGUCGGACGACUUCGAACAGUCGAGCACCAACCCACUGAACGUGAACAUGCAAGUUAGCAACGGCAGGGAUCCCAACGCUGGUCCGUCUAAUGGACUCACUGUCGGCGAGCCAGCGACCCUUGCAGUCAUCCACCGCGGCAGCCGCGGUAUCUGGGACGUGCAUCUAUCCAACUGCUACGCACACGACGGAAUCGGACGCAGCCGCACUCCGCUGAUCGGCGACGACGGAUGUCCGGCCUACGAGCCCGAGUUCGUCUCUCCCAUGAAGCACGGGCGUCUAGCAAGCGGCGACCUGGCACACUACUUCCACUUCCAGGCGUUCAAGUUCCCGGACAAGUCGAACGUCUACUUCCAGUGCACCGUCGACGUGUGCAAGGGAAAAUGCGACAUGCGCCCCUGCAACAGCAGUCGUAGGAAGCGUGAGCUGAGUGAGAAGGACAGCGAGGUCAGCAACGACGAGACCGAUAUCAACGUCAUCGAUGACGUCCUCAUUGAGAACAUAACGGCGAAGGCGCUGCCGACCGAGAAGAUGCUAAUCUACAGAGGCCUCACUAUCAUACUGCCCGGCGAGCAGGACAUCCCGCUGUACUGGAGAAUGAACUACAACGUCGGCGAUUCGGUGUGCGUGUCGCGUGUCACACUCGGCGUCAGUGUCGGCAUCGUCGCCGUCGCUCUGCUGGCUGCCAUCAUCAGCGCCCUACUCGGCAUACACUGUCUGCGACAGAAGAGAGAGCUGGCGGAGAGAAAGCAACUCUAUUACGGCACGCACGGCAUCGAACCCGUUUAUUCGGCUCCAGUAAGCAGCACUAAGGGUUUGUAGAUUAGCGAAUUCGAGAAUGUCACGUAGAGUUAAUUUCGUGUAUAUAUGAUAUUAUAUAACUAACGUGAGUAAUUAAUAGGCAGAAGCGUCUUCAUAGGAAAGCUGCGUAGGCUUGAUUACCCAAUCUUUAAACAGCGUAACGUUUUGAAUUUAACAUACCGGUUUCGCGCUUACAGUGGCGUUAUAGUUUUUACACUGUUUCAUGGCCUCUCACUAUUUCUCGGGGAAAAAGAUGCUUUGUCGACGAUUAUUGCCACGUUUGGUUAAGGAGUAAAUUGCUACUGGAUUGGAUCACAAGUAGUAUAAUUUAAUUAUAGACACGUCUAUUAGCAAGAGCUGAAUUUCUAAAGAAAAAAUGAAUACCAAUCAUUUCUAAAUUUUGAUUUUGUUUAAAAUGCAAAUUUUUGGCCGAAAUAGCUAUAACACUUACUUGGAAAAUCACAAUCGCAAAAUACUGCAAACAUUCAACUAACUUUGACCGUUCUAUAAAUACAAAGGCAUUUGUAGAGAGUUCAUAAUUAAUUCAUUAACAAUAAUUCUCGUCUAGUCUUUAGUUUACAUAGCUAUAUUCUGCGCGGAUGGAAACAGACACGAUGACGAGAUUAUAUUAUGAUGGCAUAUUACUUAUAUCGCACGUAACCAUGUCUUAGCACCAAACGCACUAGCUUCCAAUUGCACUGUAGAUUUGCACUUUACUAAUCCCGUAAACCCAUAAAUGUAGUUCAUUUUAACCUUAA